UCUUCUGUGUGGGACCCGUGUGAUUCAAAACCCCAAAGCAACAAGCACUGUUUAGAAAAAUAAAAAGCAGUUUCCAUUAUGCGAAUUUCAUAAACAGUGUUGAAGGAUCUGUGUGGGGGUUCGAGUUGAAACAACGGAAUCGAGAUCCGUGUCUCUGUUUGUGUAGCUUUCUCUAUCAGUGAAGAGAAGCGAUGGGGUUGUGGGAAUCUUUUCUCAAUUGGCUUCGCAGCCUCUUUUUCAAGCAGGAAAUGGAAUUAUCUUUGAUUGGACUUCAGAACGCUGGGAAGACUUCACUUGUAAAUGUUAUUGCUACGGGUGGGUACAGCGAGGACAUGAUUCCUACUGUGGGAUUCAAUAUGAGGAAAGUAACAAAAGGCAAUGUUACAAUAAAGUUAUGGGAUCUUGGAGGACAACCUAGGUUCCGCAGCAUGUGGGAACGCUACUGUCGUGCAGUUUCUGCUAUUGUUUAUGUUGUUGAUGCUGCAGAUCAAGAUAACCUUAGCAUAUCAAAAAGUGAACUACAUGAUUUAUUGAGUAAGCCAUCACUGAAUGGUAUUCCUUUGUUGGUAUUGGGGAACAAGAUCGACAAACCAGGGGCUCUGUCUAAAGAAGCUUUGACUGACCAAAUGGAACUGAAGUCAAUUACUGAUAGAGAAGUCUGCUGCUUCAUGAUCUCGUGCAAAAACUCGACUAACAUUGACUCUGUUAUCGAUUGGCUUGUAAAGCACUCCAAAUCAAAGAGCUAAGAGAUAUUUUAUUCUUGCCCUCUUCUCAUUUGCUUCUUAAUGUAAUAUCAAGUCCAAUGGGGUAUCAAACCACAAGAUGAAAUGUCAAGGUUUGUUUAAUGAGUGAAUCAUGUUGUCAUUGUCAGCUUAGUUGCAUUUUUAGAAUACUUUGCAGAACUGCAGUUGUGAGAGGAAUUGGUUGUCUAUCUCUGUAAAUUAGAUUAGAUUUUUCUAAUGGUUAGCAUUGUGUGGUCUUGUUAUUUCCUGGGUAUGUCAAAUACAAAUAAAUUUGAGUGGAUUAAUUUUGUCAUUUUA